CGGAACGCUCUUGAAACAACAUCCUCAUCAUCCUCGUUUUUAACGUGCUAACUGAUAAAAGUUGCAGAUUUUUACCUGCACCGAAACUCAUUUUAAUUACUAGGUUGGCACUAAUCGCAACACGCCAACUGAGUUACGCUUAACCGCACUGUGGAAACGUGUUUGGAGCGUGCUCUUAAUCAAGGUUAACACGCCUCGAAGCAGCCUCGCACGGGCUUACAUAUGUCAUUCGCGGGCACACCUCUCGGUCAAGGCAGACGUCUAGAUCACCACACAUUCCUCAACAAGACAAAUCUUGCUAAAGUUCACAAUAAUCCAUCUGCUAGACCCGUCAAUCCUCCCCCAAGUCCACCGCGUUCAAUAACAACAACCUCGUACGCGUACGGAGCCCCAACAGCAGGGUCCAAAUCACCGAAUAAACCCACAUCAUCUGCAUCCACGGCUGACGCAGCAGACGACGAGACAGCUCUCGUCCGCUACGCCCGCCUAAAGCGCGAGCGGUCACUUCAGCAGUCCCAACCAACGCUCGCUCCCGAGACGUGGAGCGUAAAGGACACUUCUGUUAACAUUGCAAGCGCAUUCAAUCAAGCCGCAUCUACAUUACUCGAGAUGCAUUCCAGCAAUCCCAAUAACGCAUGGGCCUCUGGAUCCCAAACAAACCUCAACGUACCUCGAAGCACAUCUGUCGACUAUGAGAAAGAGACCCACUCUACCAGCAGUCGCCGACUAGCAGCACCUUCGAAUCGUCUUUCACAGCGCAAUAUGCGCAAGACUCUCUCAAAGCAGGACUCCAAUAUGACCCAUGUGUCCGACUCCGAAGGCGAAGACAAUCAAGAGUCCCAAGAACGUGACCGCAGUGCUCGCGGGAAGAGCCCUUUUGAGCAGGUCGUCGACGUUUCUAAGCGCGCCCUGACGUCCGCAACUUCCUUUUACAUGCGUCCCCGCUCAACCGAGCCAGCGGAUAUCUCAGCUGCCAAUACAACAACAAAUGGCAGAGACUCCAGUUAUGACUACGCAUCAGAGGAGCAAGAGUAUCAAGAGACAAUGCGGCAAAAGCUAGCUCGUGAGCAACAAGAGCAGUCCGCUUCCAAGAGGCCCGCACUCAGCCACAAGCGGAACCGAAUGUCCGCUGAUAACAAGGCGUAUCAGCCCUCACAAUCUGAUAUGGAAGGGGACUCUGACGAUAAAGAGAAAUUUAAGAAAAAGGAUUUAGGUGGAGGUCCUCUGACGACGCUGCCAGUGGCAGGCUACGACAAGCGACGGAAGAAGAAGAGGGGCAGCAAGACUAAUGUUGAGGGUGAAGAAGACGACAGUAGUAGCGGAAGUGAGCAGCGCUCUUCGGCUCAGCAUGGGUCAGCCACCCGCUCUGUGCCUCCGCCUUCAAGGUCCUCGAUACCUCGCGGAUCUGUCCCUCCCCAUUCCGAUGAUCCAACUGACCUCGAAGUGGGGCUUGACUCCAUUCCUGAGAUGGAUGAGCCUCCAGUUGUGGACGGCUUCUCCAACACAUCUGACAUCCCAUCACGAUCAUUCUCGGUCGGAGGUCUCUUAGGCCUGGCUGUGAACCGUAUUGUACGGCUCCUUCUGGCCUCCUUUUUCUCACGUAUCAAGGCGGGACCAUUCAUCACCCUUGCCAGAUAUCUUUUCGUCGCUGCUGCUCUCUAUGCCACUUGGCAUCAGUUCUACGACCCCAUCCUUCAAAUGCUACCCAUUCGCUCACCGCAGCGCCAAUAUUACGCACCCGACACGCCGAUCACGAACCUUGAUGAACUUAGUGCUAGGCUUCAAAAUAUCGAAGUUGCUCUGUCUGGUCUUUCCCUUGACCAACAACGCGCUCGUGCGCAGCAAGAUCUCGAGGCUCGUGCACAUGGAGACGUCGUCAACCGAAUCUUUGCUCUCGAGGCCCGCAUUCGUGACGAGGCCAAGCGUAUUUCCGACACUGAAGUUCAUCUCGAAACAUCUUCGAGUCAAGGUCUCGUUGACCUUAGACGGGAAGUUGAAGCCCUGCAUUCUCAGCUAAGUGCUGUGGAACAUGCGCCCAGGGAGACUGCGAUUACGAUGCCAUCUCCUGUCAACGACGAAGAAGCGCGGGCUAAGUUGAGAAUUCUGGAGGAGCGGCUUGGAGGCAUCGAGGGUGGCGUAAAGGACACCCUGGAGCAAGCCAAAAACGCUGCACCUUGGUGGUCCAAACUGGCAUCCACUGUUGGCACCGGUGCUGGUCUUACCAUCAAGUCCACGGAUGGCUCUGAUGUCACUUCGCUCAUCUCCCAGCUCGUCGACAACGCCGUUGCGCGGUAUGGGACUCAGGAUAUCAUCUCUCGUCCUGAUUUCGCGCUCCAUUCGGGUGGUGCACGUCCAAUUCCUCAUCUUACGAGUGGUACGCUUGAGUUGCGACCAAGCACACUGCGAGGGCAGAUACUGGGUCUUAUUACCGGGCAUGGGAUUUGCAUAGCGGGAACUGCUGGCCCGAUGGCCGGGCCUUACGGUCAAUUGGGCGUGAUGCUGGCAUUCCCUACCAUCAUCUCUGAUAUCACCAUUGACCACGUUGCCAAGGAAGUCGCGUUCGAUCUUAGCACGGCUCCAAAAGACAUGGAGGUAUGGGGCCAAGUAGAGGGCAAGGAUAAUCUAGAAAAAGCUGCAAAUGAGGCUGGUGAGGCUGUCUCUGAAGCGGAUCUUGAGGACGACCAUCCGGCUACGCUCCCCAGUGACGUCUCGUUCAUCCGCCUUGCAUCGUUCACGUAUGAUAUUUACGCGCCUUCAAACAUCCAAACCUUCCCUGUGCGCCAGGAAGUCCGCGAUCUCUCUCUGGAUUUCGGUAUCGUGGCGCUUGUGAUGAAAAAUAACUGGGGCAAAGACGGGUAUACGUGUUUGUACCGCUUCCGCGUACACGGUGAACGCCCUGGAGGUGGCUCAUUACCGUUCCCUACUGAAAACUCAUGACAGUGAUGACUUAGAAGUGAGCGAUUGUGGUGUACAUAUGAUAUAAUCGGUCUUUUAUUUUUUUUGGAGUCGUUACUUGUGCUAUGGUUACUAUUUUAUCUCUUUUAUUUGUCGUAUGGUCUACGUUGAAAUCAAAGCAUUUCCCCGAGUA